AUGCUUUUGGAAGGGGAUCUAGGGUUUUUCUACAGAGUGGUGGCUGCGGCUCUGGUGGUUCUGAUUGCCCCUGUGGGCUGGUUGGUGGUCCGCGGGAAAUGGAGGCACAAAGUGGACAGGAAGGAAGAGAUCAGGAGACUUCUGGCCUUGGCCUCCGAUGAGGCAGCUAGAGCUGAGUUUGAGGCUGCCGCUGGCUACAGCUAUGUUUAUAGCUAUGGCUCUCCCGUGAUGGCCGAGCCUGAGGAGGACACAGUGGUUUCUGUGUCAGGAUCAUCGCCCUUGCGGCAAUCUCAGUAUCAGUGUGAGGUGUGCUUUUCUCCAACUACAACGCGCUGCAAGCAGUGUAAAGCUGUUCAUUACUGCUCUGGAAAAUGUCAAAUAAUCCAUUGGCGACAAGGUCACAAGGAUGAGUGCCGUCCAUGUAAUAUCACUCACCAGAACAUGGACGUGGGUGUCCAUUCUUGUCGUAAGGAGUUUAAGCAAGAUGAGGUUGAAAGUAGUGGUAAUGUUAUCAGGAGUCAAGGAAAGAAUCUUGCAAAACCAGUUGACUCAUCUUUUGGAGAAUCUACAUUUAUAAAACCCAGUCUUCGUGAGGUACCUAAUGGGAAAGGUGGUACUGAAGUUGAGAAGGUUGUUGAUGAGAAACAAAAAGAUGUAACUUUCAUGUCAUCAGUUCACUCACUUCCUGAUGAAUAUUCACCGUCCUCCGUUUUGGUGGAAUUGUCUGUCGCUUCAGGUGGAAACUCAAAUGACUCUUGUAGAUAUGAUGGGAAGACUACCUGCGCUAACAUGGAGAGAAGGAGACUCUCAUUGGAGCAACCUAUCGUGUCUGAUUUUACUGAUGAUGUUGCUACAAAUAAACCAAACCAGUUCAAGACUAGCUGUAGUAUUGAUUCACAUAAUAGCAGCGAAUCAUCAACUUCAUUGGGUUGGACUGGCACGGGCUUGGAAGAGCACUCACUUUCUGAACCUACUACGCCCUCUUCUGGUUUUUGGGAGGGAUCAAUUGAUGCACUUGAUGAAUGUGGUCGUGUUAACGUACCGGAUUCUCUUUGUUCUGGAACCUUUUCUACUGCAGCUAGAAUUAAUGUUCAUACUGUGGAAGGACCAAGUUCUGAUGCAAAUAGAAAUAUGGCAGGUGAUCCUCUUCCAGCUACAUCAGUGUCCAAAAAGUUGACGGAUGAAGCUCCAAUAUCGAAAGAAGCAAGUCCAUAUGCAUCCAGCUCUGAAAAGAAUUUGCAAAGUAGAGAUGUUACAAGAGAUAGUGGUUUGCAAUCGCCGACACCUGAUAUGUUAAAUAGUAGGGUUGACAACACAAGCAAUAUUUCACAGGCUCCGAAAUUUCAUGAAGUUGAUUGUCUGACAUCUAAAGUUGCUGGAGCUCAUUUCUUUUCUGGCACCAGGAAGCUUACUGUUCCUAAUGUGCAGUCCAUGAAGAUUGACUGCACUCAUGGGAUUGAUGCUUGUUCUUCAGAGUGUGGUUGUCAUUCAGAAAAUGCUAGGAUUGACUUGAAUAAAUCAGCGAGGACUUUGGACCCACUCAGAGAUUCUAAAUUAAUGUGGCAUAGUUCGUUAGGCUCUCGAAGUGAUGUUAUGGGAAGAUUCAAGGGGCUGUUUCCUUAUGACCUCUUUGUGAAGCUUUACAAUUGGAAUAAGGUUGAAUUACAUCCACGUGGACUCAUAAAUUGUGGAAACAGCUGUUAUGCAAAUGCUGUGCUUCAAUGUUUGACAUUCACACCACCCCUCACAGCUUAUUUUCUCCAAGGACUCCAUUCAAAAGCAUGUGAAAAAAAAGAAUGGUGCUUCACUUGUGAGUUUGAAUCUCUUGUUUCAAAGGCCAGGGAAGGUCUUUCUCCUCUCUCGCCCAUUAGGAUAAUAUCUAAGUUACAGAACAUAGGAAGUCAUCUGGCUAAUGGGAGGGAAGAAGAUGCUCAUGAAUUUCUUAGAUGUGCAAUCGAAUCCAUUCAAUUUGUCUGCCUGAAGGAAUCUGGGAUUAAGGAACCAAGACCUUUGGAUGAAGAAACAACUCUCAUGGGGCUCACUUUUGGGGGUUACCUCCGAUCAAAGAUUGAGUGCAUGAGGUGCGGAGGCAAAUCUGAGCGUCACGAAAGAAUGAUGGAUCUUACUGUUGAGAUAGGAGGAGAUAUAGGAACCCUGGAAGAGGCCAUAGAGCAAUUCACUCGCACCGAGACUUUAGAUGGUGAAAAUAAGUAUAGCUGCAGCAGAUGUAGAUCAUAUCAGAAGGCCAAAAAGAAGUUGAGAGUACUGGAGGCCCCUAAUGUCCUCACUAUUGUUCUAAAGAGAUUUCAGACCAACAAAUUUGGGAAGCUGAAUAAGAGAAUUAAGUUUCCAGAAAUUCUGAAUAUGGCCCCGUAUAUGAGCGGGACAAGUGACAAAUCCCCAAUUUACCAACUUUACGGAGUAGUAGUGCACUUGGAUGUUAUGAAUGCUACAUUCUCCGGUCACUACGUGUCUUAUAUAAAGAAUAACCAGGGCAGGUGGUUUAAAGCUGAUGAUAGCACUGUGCAAGUUGUGGAACUUGAAAAGGUUUUGAUGAAAGACGCAUACAUGCUUCUCUAUGCAAGGUGUUCACCACGUGCCCCAAGACUAAUAAGGAGUUCAAUAGUUCCUUGUGAUACAAGAGAAGCAAAACAUCCGACAUGUAAGUCAAGAGCUCACUCAGCGGAUCGACAGGAUGUUUCUACAGGCAAAUUGAAUGUUCAGACCUGCAAUGACUUUCCCUUUAAUUGCACGAGUUUCCAGCCAAUUCAGAGAAUUUUGGAAGAGGACUGUUGGAGCGAGAGUUCGUCUUUCUUCUCUGAAGUUGGUUCUUACAGUACAGACAGCACUAACAUGGAAUCAACAAGCACUGAUGACAAUUUUGAUCAAAUAUUUGGCGAUAAUGGAAUCUGUUGGAAUAGAUCAUGGGGGAACUCCACAGAUUCUGACACAGCAUCGUCAUCAUCCUCUCCAUCUCGAUUGCAUUCUAGGCAUUCUCCAAUUGCCGAUUUCGACUGCAGCUCUUCCGGAUAUCCCGAGAAAUGUUGUCCUUGUGCAGAAUCAGUGGUGGAUCAUCAUGGUUUUUGUUCAGGCGAGGGGAGAGGAUCUCUUUCACGUCUUGAACAGUGUAGAAAGUUAGUCGAUAGAUGUAGUAGUUGUAGGGAGCCAAACUCCAAUAAAUUACGAUGGAAUUAUGAUAACGCUAAAUGUAGUAGUAUAUCUUGUUUAAGAAGAUCCACGAGGGAGAGAGUUGAUUGA